AUGAGGCGCGUCACCAGGCAACACAUGAGCCCCGCGCACAUCACCAUGCAACAAAUGAGCCCCGUGCGCAUCACCUCGCAACACAUGAGCCCCGUGCACAUCACCUCGCAACACAUGAGCCCCGUGCGCGUCACCACGCAACACAUGAGCCCUGCGCCCAUCACCAUGCAACACAUGAGCCCCGCGCGUGUCACCAGGCAACACAUGAGCCCCGCGCGCGACACCAGGCAACGCAUGAGACACGCGCGCGUCACCAGGCAAGACAUUAGCCCAGGGCCGGUCACCAGGCAACACAUUAGCCCAGUGCCCGUCACCAGGCAACACAUGAGCCCAUGA